UAGACGUGAAACGCGAGUUUUUAAUAUUUAAAAAUUUUUUGUUCUUAAAAAAUUUAUUUAAAAGUGAAAAAAAAAAUUUUUUUAAAUUAAAAAAAAAAAUAUUUUAAAAAAAAUCCAAAAAUGUCAUUUAACAGUUCAACAGGAAUUUUAUUAAACACUUUCCUGUUUCUCUCGAACCACACGCCACAAAAUAAUAUUUUUGCUGAUUUAAAUAAAGCUGCAGCAGCAAAUAAUCCCGCGAUCACCGAUGCGAUUUGUUACGGCGUUUACGGAUGUUUCAGUUUAGCACCUCCAUGGUCUGGGGACACAGAACGCCCGUUAACAUAUUUUCCCGAAAGCCCGAGCGAGAUGAACGUCAAAUUCAGACUUUACAAUCGACGGAACAAAAAUGGAGAAUUUUUCGUGGAUUUAAAUGAUCCAGAUAAAGUAAAAACUUUCAAAAUUAACAAAAACGCAAAGUUAUUCUUUAUCACUCACGGUUAUUUAGAAGGAGGAGAACAGCCAUGGUUAUUGGAUAUGGCUCAUGCCCUUUUAGACAGAGAACGCGACUCAUCCGUCGUUAUUAUUGAUUGGCGAGGCGGAAGUUCGCCUCCGUAUGCAAGGGCAGCUACCAAUAUUCGUCUUGUCGGUGCAAUGGCAGCUCAUGUCGCUCAUUUAAUUUAUGAAGAGUGUCACUUUCAAAACUUGAAAAAUGUGCAUUUUAUCGGGCAUUCACUCGGCGCACAUCUUAGCGGAUAUGCUGGAUACCAUUUGAAACACGAUUUUGGCUUGAGUUUGGGUCGUAUAACGGGAAUGGAUCCCGCUGAGCCUUAUUUUUCCAAAACUGAUCCUCUUGUGCGGUUGGAUCGAACAGAUGCGGAUUAUGUCGAUGUCAUUCACACAGAUGCCAAACCUUUUGUCUCGUCAGGCGGUUUGGGACUCGCCGAACCCAUCGGGCAUGUCGAUUUCUAUCCAAAUGGAGGACAUACACAACCGGGAUGCAAUCAGGGCGUCGGACAAUUCAUCGAGGAACGCGAAUCUUUCUUCUGGGGCGUGCAAAAGUACUUGGGAUGCGAUCACGUGAGGAGUUACGAGCUGUUUAUCGAAAGUAUUAAGAACCCAUCGACGCCGUAUGCGAUAACGUGCGAGUCACAUACCGAAUAUUUGCUUGGAAAUUGCUUCACGUGCGGCGUUGACGAUCAUUAUUGCAUCAAAUUCGGCUAUGGAAGUCGCGAAAGCUACCAAUCUCUUUAUGCGACGCGAGAUUUGGUCUCCAGCGAGGCUUUAGUUGCUUACAUGUUGACUGUUGGCAAGAAACCGUACAUCAGAAACCAAUACAAGAUCACAGUAAAUGUAUCGAACUCGAUGGAGAGCAAAAUCCACGGCGGCGAAGUAGGAAAGCUAAAAAUUGUUCUUUACGGCAAAGAUAGACGAAAUCACACACUAAAAACGGAAGAAAUGUUCUUCUCUGAGGAUCCAAAAUUAUUCGAACCCGGGCAUAAAAACACCUCAGUAGUUGCUGGAAGUGACGUUCAAGCUCCCAUUCAUGCAAUUUUGGAAUGGAAAUACUCGACAAAUCCAUUAAAUCCUCUCACAUGGCGUCUUUUGAAGUCACCUCGUAUAUAUUUGGCUGAUAUUACCAUCGAAUCUUUAGAGCAUCGAUCGAAGAUUCGAAUGUGCCCUGUGCUAAAUGAGCCCGUCGUCGAAGGCAGUCAAAGUCAUUUUACGCCGGAAAAUUGCGAAGUUGAGGAUUGGAAUAACGUGGAUCCCAUCGCUGUACCGUACAUGCAAUAGAAAUGAAUUUUUUUAGAGUUAUGAAAUUUAUUUGUGAUUUUACUGCUAUUAUUGUUCAAUGCACUUUAUAGGCACUUUUAGUUAUUAUUUUUUUUAAAGUUAGUCUAAUGCUAAAAAUCUCUCUUUUUUUAUAUGGAUGAGUAAGAAAAUGACUCUAUUUACAAUUUUUACUCGCUAUAAGGCUAUCUAACUUAGCUUAGAAUAUUAAUAGAACGAACCUAAUUUUAAUUUUUAAUCUAAUUUAAUGUCCUUUGGUUUGAUUUUUUUUAAUUUUACGAAAUCUCAACAGCAAAACUCUCUAAUUUAGUUAGUUUUUAAUCAUUAAUUUUGACUUUUUGUCACAAUUUUCAAUUCAAAAGAUCAAAAAUUCUCUAUUUAUAAUUAAUUUUUUAAA